GCCUAAAACCCUACUGUGCAUUUAGAUAUAUGCCUCCCUACCUUUUUUAUACCAUAUUAAAAAAUUGCUUAUGUCAAUGUCACUCCAUCAUUUAUACUUGUAAUUUGGAAGACGUCGUGCGUUCCUUUUUCACCUUUCAUAAAUACUAAUAUUCUCUUUGUUGAAUAGAGAGCAUCAUCGAUUGGCAUUUAAUUCCUUAGUAGAAUGAUGCAGUCUAGGGAGGAGAUGAGAGAUGAGUCAUCAUCAGGUCUCGUCCUCACCACUGACCCUAAACCUCGCCUUCGCUGGACAGCAGAGCUUCAUGAACGCUUCGUUGACGCCGUCGCCCACCUUGGUGGCCCUGAUAAGGCCACACCAAAGACGAUAAUGAGAGUGAUGGGUGUGAAGGGUCUCACGCUUUAUCACCUCAAGAGCCAUCUCCAGAAGUUCAGACUUGGAAAGCAGCCUCACAAGGAGCAUAGUCAAAAUCACUCCAUUAAUAUUAGGGAUACUAAUAGAGCCUCCAUGUUGGAUCUUCGAAGGAAUGCUGUAUUCACGACUAGUCCGCUGAUCGUUGGUCGCAAUAUGAACGAGAUGCAAAUGGAAGUGCAAAGAAGAAUAGAGGAAGAAGUGGAAAUAGAAAGACAAGUGAAUCAAAGGAUAGAAGCACAAGGGAAAUACAUGGAGAGCAUGUUAGAGAAAGCAUGUGAAACCCAAGAAGCAAGCCUCACCAAAGACUACUCUACUCUCUUUUUCGACUGCACCAAUAUUUGUAACAACACAUCGUCCCUACCAAUCCCAUGGUUCGAGGAUCAUUUUCCUUCUUCUUCCUCCAUGGAUUCAUCUACGUUGGUUCUCCCUAACAUCAAUUCCAACUUCCCCCUGCAAGAUUCUCGGAGUUCCAUCACAAAAGGCCGUACGGUUUGUCUCGGUUAGAGAGUGAGUACAUAUAUAGAUCUAGCUACUUAGCUUGACGUCUCUUUCGAUCUACUAGUUUCUGAUGCGCACUCGGUCUAUAACUGCGCAAAUUUACUUGUAAUAACUUUUGCCAAACAUUAAGUCUUUUCUAUUCACUUGAUAUAUAUAUAUGUGUGCUGAUGAUAGCAUAUAUGGUUAAGUAAGGCUAUAGGCUGCGUCAUUAUGAAUAUCACGAUUCUUGUA